AUGCCCGGGUCUACCGCAUGGAGCACCUGGGCUUUUUACUCGCCCGGCUGGGUAUGCCCGGCAGGGUGGACCACUGCGACGGUGGUGAGCCGCAACAUGACGGAUAGCAUCAGAGCGACCGACAUCUUCAGUCUCCUGACGCCGGACGAGACCGCCGGGUUUUGCUGUCCAUCUGGCUAUACAUAUUCCCAUCCCACGGUCCUCCCAAGUUCUGUCCCGUACGGCCCGCGGUGUAUCUCGACGAUGAUCCAGGGCGAUUUCGUGUAUCAGGAAUGUGGUGCUGACGGGAAGAGCGAGCUCCAUACAGUCGCGGUUGGGACAGGCAAAUUCACGACGCUGACAUCAUGGGCCACCACGGAGUUCGACUCGGACUGGGAUGGCUUCGAAUGGACUACCUGGGCGGCGACGACAGACACCGUCAUCUCAACAAUCACCAUUGAUGCCCCGAGGAACGCCAUGACCACCGCUCCUGCUGUGCAGCUGGUG